UGUACGGUCACCUUUAUUCCGUGCAGGUUUUACUGUUCACAAAGGCUAAUUAACGCAUUGUAUUUUGGAGGUAAUGGAGCAUAGAUUUGCUCAUAAUAUAAAUAUGUAGCUCCAUUAAAAACCACGUUAUUUUAAAGGCUGUAAGCGCACGGGAAAAUGGGACUUUUGAUGCACUGUUCUUUGUUGUUAUUUCUAAUUAUUGAGUGCUAUACUCUUACUUGCCGAUCCGAACAUGGCCCCAAAAACGAUGAGUUAAGUAAGAUAUUCAACAACUGCUUAAAACAAAUGCAGGGAACGGGCAGUGAAUAUAGACAAUCUUCAGAAAAUGACUGGAGGAUAAAUUCUGAAAACCAAAGAAAUCCUUGGGAAACAGACAACAGAAAUCAGAACAAGGAUGAAAGAAGGGAUAAUAGGGACAACAAGAGAGAUAAAGAUAGAAACAAAAGUUAUCGAGGUAAUAACAAUGGCAGGAAUGAUGAAGCACAAAAUGAUAGAAAUGAAAACAAAGGAACUGAUGGAAGAUAUAAUACAAACAAUCAUAGGAUGAGUAACAUGAACGGCAUGGGGGUUGGUAACAACGGGGGUAGAAAUGAUAUGACAAACAGUUACAGUACAACUGGUAUUUUAAGAGGUCAAGAUGAAUUUUUGCAGAGCGAGGAAUAUAGUGAUGCGUCACAUGAUAACUACUACACAUCAUUUAAACCACCUAGAAGAUACAAACGUGAAAAACGUAUAGAAAUUAAUUCUGGACAGCGAAGCCAAUACAAUCCUCACUCACAGCGAUCUAAUGGAUAUGAUGAGAAAAAUAAUGAUAAUGAGAAAGAAGGAAAGAGUUCCAGUGAAAAUAAUUCUAGCAAAGAAGUUGAUAAGGCAUGUGUUUUGCAAUGUUUCAUGGAAAAUUUACACGUAACAGAUGACCGUGGAUUACCGGACAGAUAUCUAGUUACACACGCGCUUACUAAAGAUGAGAAAAACGAAGAUUUAAGGGAUUUCUUGCAAGAAUCGAUUGAAGAGUGCUUUCAAAUACUUGAUAAUGAGAACACAGAAAGUAAAUGUGAAUUCUCUAAAAACUUAUUGACUUGCUUAUCUGAAAAAGGGCGCACUAACUGCGAUGACUGGAAUGGGAAACCAAGUUUUCUUUUUAAGUUGUAAUUAUUGAGCGUGCAGUAGGUAUUUUAAUAAUUAAUGUAUAUCAACAUUAAAGGAUUUUAUAAUAAUUAUCUGAAUCAUAACUUAUUUUUUCUUUUACAUUAAAUUUCAAGACAAAAAA